AGUAUUUCUUGAAUUAAAACUAUAUACUAUAAUCUUUGAUACCUUAUAGUACCACAUUUUGUGCAUGGACAUGCCUUCUUCAAGUUCCAACCAUCACAACCCUACCGGCCCUGCUACUUCUCCCUACAGAGGCGUCCGCAAGAGGAAAUGGGGCAAAUGGGUCUCCGAAAUCCGUGAGCCGGGGACCAAGACUCGGAUAUGGCUCGGCAGCUUCGAGACACCUGAGAUGGCGCCGCGCCCUCUCAGCAACAAUGCCGACCACAUACGAAUGGCCGCGCACGAGGCUGCCCUCAGGCUUAGGACUAAUACUGCGGCUGUUGAGUCAGGUGACAAUAUUUUAUCGCCUGGCUCGGCCAACGCAGUGCCGGUCACGGUGAGACUAUCCCCAACGCAGAUUCAAGCCAUCAAUGACUCCCCUUUGGACUCACCCAAGUCGUGGAUGCAAAUGCCGGACACAUUCAUGAUGGAUGAUUCAAUGAUGUUUGCAAAUAAUGGGUAUGAUCAAACUUUUGAUGAGGAAAAUGUGCAGUGGAAUGAUUCCCUUUGGGAUCCUUAGAUGGAUAAUUCUCAUUAAGGUUCAGGAUUAUUAUUUAUUCAGGGUAAGGAUGAUAUUUAAUAUAACUUAUAGUAUAUGGUAUAUAGUACAAUUUAAUUGGUCUUAGGUAUAAUAGUAGUAAUAUAAUGUAUUAUUAUUGGGAGCUACUUGUUUUGAAUUAAAUAUUUUAGGUGACAUAUUAAUAUUUGAGUAAGGGUGGAGGAUGACAGCAACUCCAUUUGAUUUAUGCGGUGACUUUAAUGACCAUAUGAAUAAGGUGGACUUGAAGAAGAAAAUUCAGAAUUUUGAAGUCAUUGCUUCCUAUUGUUUUCAUUCCUUCCCUUAUUUCAGGAAUUGAAUGAAGAAAACAUAAGAAACAGGGAGCUUUGUUUAGUGGUAGUUGGAUUUAAUUACUGCAAAAAAUAGGCAGUGGUUUACAGCUAAAUUAAAAUUGAUGAUCUUGAAGCA